AUGCGCCGAGCCCCGCGCGCCCGCGCCCUCGGCGCCCUUGGCGCCCUCGGCGCGCUGGCGGGCCCGCUGGCCGCCCGCCGCCCCGCGGCCCUCGCCGCGGCGCCCCGCGGCCGCCGACCGCCGACUGCUGCCGCCAACCGACGAGGCGCGGCGCCCUCGCCGUCCUCGCCCGACGCCGCGGUGGCGGAGGCCAGCGACGAGGACCGAGCGCAGGAAGCUCACCAUUGUGGGCUGCUUCGCCGCUCUCUGGCUGUUCGUCUUCGGGAGAGAGGUCGUCAAGUUCCAGGCUGCACUGGAGCAGGGGCCGCUGGCGACGCAGCAGUUCGUCGGCGUCUUCUCCCUGAAGUUCGCGAUAGGCCUGGCGCUCACCGCCGUGCAGGUGUAUGCCAUCAACGCGUUCCCUGGUCCCUCCAGGGACGGCGACGGCCCGCCCACCUGGGAGGAGCUGUGGGACUCCUCGAGCGACUACUGGACGAGGUGGUUCUGCUCGCAGUCGUCGGGUACGCUGCCACGCUUUUCGCCGCAUACGGCCUGCUCGACGCGGGCACGCAGGCCAUCAAGGGCGCCGCGCUCGACGGCCUGCCCGAGGUACGGCGCCUGGACGCCGCCCCGUAG